UCAUAUAUACACAUUAAAUUAAUUACUCUUCAUCUUCUUCUUCUUCUUCUUCGUGGUCUUCGUCUUUUUCGUCUCCGGUCACCUGAAAAGUUCUUUCUGAAACACUGAAAAAAAUGGGUGGAACUUCUCCAUGUGCUUCGUGUAAGUUACUUCGACGCCGGUGCGCUAAGGACUGUAUUUUCGCUCCGUUUUUCCCGUCCGAUGAUCCUCACAAGUUUGCCAUUGUUCAUAAGGUUUUUGGUGCUAGCAAUGUCAGCAAAAUGUUGCAGGAGCUACCGAUACAGCAACGGGCGGACGCGGUGAGCAGUUUGGUGUAUGAAGCAAAUGCUAGGGUUAGAGAUCCAGUUUAUGGGUGUGUGGGAGCAAUUUCUUACCUUCAAAAUCAAGUUUCACAACUUCAAAUGCAGCUAGCAGUGGCUCAGGCAGAGAUCUUAUGCAUUCAGAUGCAGAAUGAGCCUGCUGUAGUUAUGCCAACUCAGCUACACAAUAUUGAUGAGUCAGAUCAUGAUCAUGACAAGUCAGCAUUUCUCUAUCAUCAUCAGAAUAAUAGUCUGUCUCAUCAUCAUCAUCAUUACCUUAAUUUUGCAUCUUCUAGCAAUGUAAUUCAUGACUCUCUUAAAAGAGAGAGCAUUUUUGGUGAUAUUAUUUCUUAAUCAAUGAUAUAAUUUUAUUUCUA